AUGUCCGGCUGGCAAGACGACCUCGCGGAAAGGCUGGCUCUCCCCGAGUCUCCUAGGUUCUGGCUGUACCUGUUCUGCGUGUUAUUCCUGCACAGAUAUGUGCGGCUCAUUGUGCACUGUAUCAGCCACUGGACUUACAAGUCAUACCCCAUCCCCAACAAACCGACGUACACUGAGCAGGACGUCACGGUUGUCAUCCCCACCAUUCACCAUGACUUUGAGGAGCUGCGGCCCUCGCUGGAGAGCAUCCUCUCCACCAACCCGUACGAGCUCAUUAUUGUCACCACGGCCAACAAGUUUGACGCGCUGCUGAAGCUCUCGUGGACCCUGAACUUUCCCCGGAUCCGCAUCUUCUCCACGUCUGUAGCGAACAAGCGCUUCCAGGUUUGCGAGGCGCUGCCGCACGUCACGACGCCCAUCACCAUCAUGGCGGACGACGACAACCCCAAGAUUGGGGGCGUGGGCACGUGCCAGCGCGUGCGGCGCGAGGAGGACGGCGCCUCCAUCAUGCGGUGGACGAGCAACUGGCUCGGGUCCUGCUACAUCGAGCGGCGCAAUUUUGAGAUUUCGGCGACGCACAACAUGGACGGCGGCACGUCGUGCAUGUCUGGGCGCACGGGGGCGUACCGGACCGAGAUCUUCCGGGACGCGACCUUUCUCAACUCGUUCCGGACGGAGCGGUGGCGCAACUUCAUCCUCAACGCCGACGACGACAAUUUUGUAACGCGGUGGCUGGUUAGCCACGGUUGGAAGACGUGGAUCCAGUACGAGCCCGAGUGCGAAAUUGAGACGACCCUGGAAUACGGCCUCAAGUUUCUGUACCAGUGCUCGCGGUGGGCAAGAAGCAACUGGCGGAGCAACUGGACCAGUCUGGUUACGGAGCGCCAUGUUUGGAGACAGCAGCCCUGGUCGACCUACGCGCUUCACAUCGCCACCUUCACGUCGCUAGCCUUCGUCUUCGACCCGCUCAUUCUGGCCUCGCUGUGGUGGGGUACCGCCGAGUGGGAUGAGGUGAGCCGCCGCUAUGCGUUCGGCGCCAUGCUUGUCUUCUUCGCCUUUACCAAGGUCGUCAAGCUCGUCGGCCUGUUCCGAAAGAACCCGGCCGAUAUUGUGUUCCUACCGCUGUCCAUCGCCUUUGGCUACCUCCACGGCCUCAUCAAGCUGUACGCCCUGUUCACUCUGAACAUGACCACGUGGGGCAGCCGCAAGGAUGGUGAUGACAACGACAACCUGCGUUUAACGCCCUUCCCCCGGCGCAGUGCUGUUCUGGACGGCCCUCCCCGCAAGGGUUCCAAGGGUUCUAAUCUUGUCUCCUUCACGGGGGAGAGCACUAGGAAGUGCACAAUCACUUUCGAGAGGCCAGCGGCCUGGGAGCAGCCCCUGUCCGAAAAGACGCCCCUGCUAUGA